GUGCAGCACGUUGAGGUCAAGCAGUGCGGUAAGGACGAGGUGCCCGAGCCCAGUGGGAGCUGCGUGGCUUCGACGAAACCCGAGCUGAUGACCUUCUACCAGUACAGCGCGCAGAAGAAGCAGAAUGUCGAUGACCGUGUCUGGGAGAACGUGAACUUUGCCAACAUUGGCGGCGUCAUGUUCUACCUACACAACGAGGUCGUGGACAAAGCUGGCGAGAUGGGCAACGCGGAGGGAGAUCGGACGCCAAAGUUCAACAUCGACCGCAUCCUUCGCUUCAAAGUGACGAUGAAGAACCCUGAGGCUCUUUGGAAGAAGUACAGGUCGCAGUUUGGGCAGUUCAUCCAGUUCGACUAUGGCCAAGCUACGUUCGGAAUGCCAAACCACGUCGAAAAAUGCAACGAAAUUUGGGAGACGGUCGGGUACGAGGUGGGGUGCCAGCCGAACCCCACGGGCAUCUCCGGCUACGAUGGAGGCUACUGGACCUCCUGGCCUGGACGCUGCCCUUCCAUGCCCUUCUCAGACAAGGCGCCUCAGGGCGGAUAUGCGAAAACCGCAGAGUGCAUGGAGAGGCAGCCAGGAG